GCAUCGUUCAAACAUUUUGAAAGAUCACUUUGCGGGCUCAUCCAGAAGUAACAAAUAGACGCAAUCAUGAGAUCCAUUCUCAGCUCGAGAUUAGCUCGAGCUUCUCCGAGACCCAGCACGACUGGGUCUUCCCGCCGAACGCUCAUCUCUCAGCCUGCUCCUCGGCUCGUAGCUUCCAGACCGCUCCCUACCAAUAUUUCGGCCAAGUCGGAGGAAGCGCAGGCCAAUGAAGAGUUCAUGAAGGGACUCGUAGAGGGCUUGAGGGAGAUGAGAUCGAAAGCUAAAGAAGGGGGCGGGAAAGCUGCUUUGGACAGGUGGAAAAGUAGAGGGAACGGAAAGUUGGGAGUGAGAGAGAGAAUAGAGGCGCUUUUGGACCCCGCUAGCCCAUUCAUGGAGCUCUCCUCACUGGCUGGACACGAUGUUUACCCAGAUCCCUUGCCUGCUGCUGGUCUCGUUACGGGAAUUGGUCUUGUGGCUGGACGUCGAUGUAUGAUCAUUGCGAAUGAUCCAACCGUCAAGGGAGGAGCUUACUACCCAUUGACCGUCAAGAAGCAACUUCGAGCACAGCAAAUUGCUCUCGAGAACAGAUUGCCAUGUGUCUAUCUAGUCGAAUCUGGCGGUGCUGCUUUGCCAUUCCAGGCUGAAGUGUUCCCUGAUCAUGACCAUUUUGGACGAAUCUUCUACAACAUGGCCCGGAUGUCUGGUAUGGGUAUACCGCAGAUCUCGGUCGUCCAUGGUAUCAGUGUAGCAGGCGGAGCAUACAUGCCGGCAAUGUCUGAUGUUGUUAUUAUUGUCAAGAACCAAGGCCGUAUCUUCCUUGCUGGGCCCCCGCUGGUGAAAGCAGCUACAGGAGAGGUGGUCGAUGAUGAAACUUUGGGUGGUGGAGAGAUGCAUACGUCCGUUUCUGGAGUCGCUGAUCACCUCGCGAACUCCGAUGGACACGCUAUCCGUCUGGCCCGAGAGGCCAUCAUGGAUCUAGGCAGAGCAUCAAAGCCGGUCAAAGCUCAAGAGACAGCUGUCGCCGUUCGACCACCAGUCUACCCUACGUCCGACUUGAACAGUAUCAUCCCGGUCGACUCUAGGCAAUCCUUUGACAUGCGCGAGGUCAUUGCCAGAGUAACGGAUGGAUCCGAGUUCAGGGAGUUCAAGGCAGAGUACGGCAAGACUAUCAUCACCGGCUUCGCCGAGAUUCACGGACACACCGUUGGAAUCAUCGCCAACAAUGGUGUACUUCUUUCGCCCUCGGCUCUCAAAGCCACACACUUUAUGGAGCUCUGUUCGCAACGCCAGAUCCCGCUCGUUUUCCUGGUCAAUGUCUCUGGAUACAUGGUCGGUGAAAAGGCAGAGAGGGGAGGUAUCGCUAAAGAUGGAGCGAAAAUGGUUCGAGCGGUAGCUAGGGCAAAGGUGCCAAAGUUUACAGUCAUCGUGGGAGGCAGCUUUGGGGCUGGUAAUUACGGAAUGUGCGGUCGAGCAUACUCGCCUAGGUUCUUGUUCAUGUGGCCCAAUGCCAAGAUUAGUGUCAUGGGACCCGAUCAACUGUCCUCCGUCAUGCAGACCGUUUCAGGCAAGAAGGAACAGCCAGCUCAGGAAGGCGAAGAUAGAUGGAAAUCAUUAAGAGAAAAGAUUGAAGGUCAGAGUGCGGCUAUUUACUCGAGCGCAAGGAUAUGGGACGACGGAAUCAUCGAACCGUCUGACACUCGUGAUGUCCUUGGUCUGGGACUCGAUCUCGCAGCGGAAGAGCUCGCUCUGCGGAAACAAGGUGGCGGAGGACAUGGUCAGCGCGGUGAGAUUGGAGCGGAUGGCGAUGCUGGCGAUUGGGGCGUUUUCAGGAUGUAGAUUUGUGCAGAAUGUGGUGGAUUAUGGACAAGCAGCAUCAAUCAAUGCAUCGAUGGAUGGGCUUUG